CAAAGAAACGGCGAAUUGGAGAUUUUCAGUCAUUCUAAGGUCGUCUUCGAAUCCCAAUCUGCACCAACAAUUUUUGUGGACAAUGUUGUCUACAGAUUGUAUUUCAAAGGUUUGGUGAGUGACGAGAUUGCACCGGCCACGGAAGGAGGAAAGAGGACGGCAGUAGCCGGAUUCGGGGUGGCGAUUUGCGAUGAGACGGGUAAGUUGUUGUUUGAGUUGAAGGAACCAGCGAGGAACCCCGUGAUUAAUCGCAGAGAAGUUGAAAUUAGGGCUCUUAUUCGCGGAUUAAGUGAAUCGCUCGAUUUGGGGAUCAGAAACGUCGUGAUUUAUUGUAAAGACUGCGAGAUUUACCAAAACAUAACCGGUAGAAGUAACCCCAAGGAGAAAGGUGUUCUCCAAGUACUUGCCGAAGAAGUCGGACGCCUUAGAAAAAAAUUUGAUUCUAGCCAAGCAAGUCUUGUUGCCCGAAACGAUAUUAAGUUUGUUUAUAAACUUGCAAGAGAGGCAGUUGUUUCUCAAACCAGGAGUGCCGAUGGUGAAAAAAGUGAUGCCAACGACGAUGAUGGUCAUGAUGGUGAUAAACAUGUUGACGAUGAUGAUCAUGAUGACGAUGAUAAAGAUAAUAAUCCAUGGGCUUACGGAUGUGGUUGUGAUUGUGGUUUUGAUUAUCCCUCCGGUGGCGUCGACAUCCACUCUGACAUUGACAUCGACUCUUACAUUGACUACUAUACUCUUUAGUAUCUUUGGAUCAGCCUGAAAUUAAUAGUUGUUGUGAAACACCUUUCCGUCUCUCUUUAUUUAGUUUCAGGGUUGUAGGAUAUUCUGGGCUUUUGGAUUUUCUUUAUUUAUAGAUUAAUCUAUUUAUUACUUUAUUAUUAAAAAUAAGAGAUGAUUUGCUCAGACCCAGUGGAUAUGACUACAAAUCAGAUAAAUUUGGCCACACAUUUGGUUUAGAGAUUGAAAUGUUUUUUUUUUUUGCUAAAAGAGAUUGAAAUGUUGCAGAGGUUAUAUGAAUUUUUUUUAGAGCUUGAGCCUGUUUCAUAUUUCCAGGAACAAAAAUAUCAAGGCGGUUUCAUUAGCAAAAGAGGUUAUGAAGAGAAGUAUUUUUUUUUCCAUAUAAAUCAAACUCAGUCAGAUUGGCGGCGAUAUCCUUGAGAAUUAAUCCUUUUUCAUUUCUGUAAAUAUUUGUUUUAGGAGAAAGAAAGAGGGGGAGAGGAAUGGCUGAUUCGUACACGAACUAUCUCCACCAUGAGGAUAACAAUAUAGACGAACUACUGAACCAUGCUAAUUCGACACUAACUAAUGUGUUAACACCAGUGUCGGCUCUAUAGGUGUGAUGGCAGUGCCCACAUCUUUCGUUCAAUUUUCUUUACCGUUUUAGGGCUCUCAAUUUUGAAAUUCUUACAUUUUAAGGAUCCAAUUUUUAAAUUGACUAUCAAUUACUAUCUGGAAAGGAAA